CGCAACACGUGGGAAGUGACUGAAGGCACGACAUCAGCAUGUCGAGCAGCGACGUAACCAAGAAGAAGCGCAUGGCCCUACACCAGUCACUUGUUCUGGAGUUUCCUGGGCGAGUCGAAUGUGCCGUGCACUACUCCAUGAGAGUGCUUGUGGGCACGUCAGACGGGCGUUUGGUGCUCUUCGACACUCGGAAAGACCCGAACAAGCCCGUGAGUGUCUACGAAUUGCCCCACAAGAAGCGCAUUCAGCAAAUCUUAGUCGUACCACACAUUCGCUUGGUAAUCGUGUUGGCGAACAACACAGUGACUGUGCACUCUGCGACGGACCUCGGAGUGGCGUCGUCCGAGUUUCACCUGGCCAACAACGUUACGCAUUUGAGCGUGAACCAACGCGGACCGCCGCACUUUCGUAUUUGCGCAGCAUCCUCGGCAAAGUUGCAGCUGUUUCAAUUUGAAGCGAAGGAGAAGCGAUACAAGUACUUGCGCGAACUCUCGAUCGCCGACCCUCCCGAGGUUGUGGGUUGGUACCGCAACAAGUUGAUCGUGGGCAGUCGUCGUGGAUAUUCUCUCGUCAACGACAAAACUGCCGAAGCCCUUCCGAUCAACUUGACGAUCAACAGCAACACUAACCCGAUGGUCAAAUUGCUUCCGAAUGAAGAGAUCGUCGUGUCCGCCAUGGACGCGUUGGGCGUGUUCCUCCUCUUCACGGGGGAACCUGUCCAUCGCAACUCGAUUGCUUGGUCGAAACCACCCGCUGCCAUCGAGUACACGUCGCCGUAUUUGGUCUCCAUGAUUCCUCAAAAGGGCGUCGAGAUUCACAGCAUGCAAGACGGAACGCUCGUGCAGUCCAUUUCCCUUCCGCGCAUCACAGCGAUGUUUGGCAACGGCAUGAAGUGGGACAUGGAACCGCGCACGGGCGGCGAUUCCGAAGACGUUAUUGUUGUAGCGUCGUUGAACGCGACGGGGACAACAUCGAUUUUCAAAAUCGAGCAAAUGCCGAUGGAACAGCAGGUCCAAGAACUGCUGGACCGUGGUCGCAUCGAAGAAGCGUCCGACCUGAUGAAGAAGAGCAUCUCGAGCUUGAACGCGGACAAGCAAAAAAGCCGCAUGCGCCGGUUCCAUCGCCAAGUCGCGAUUGCGCUGCUGAAGCGCUGUGAAUUUGACGCUGCCGUCGAGUUCAUCUAUCGAUCGGGAAUGGACCCUCGCGAGUGGCUGAGCUUUUUUCCGGACCUGGUCAGCCCCAGCUUUGCAUACGAACCAACGAUUCUCACGCCAGAUGUGCUGCCGCGUGGCUCGAGCGCCAGUCCCGACUGGAACUCCGUCCUGGCGGCAUUGCUCAAGGACAACGCGGGCAACUUGGCCCCCGAGCUUGUCUCUGCCGGUCAUGCCAAACUGUACUCGCAGGCAACGAAGUCCUUGCUCAAGUGCUUGGAAAUGGUCAAAAAGCACUCGACUCGAGACCGAAGCUCGUCGCGCGAAAGCGUGUUCGCUACACCUCCUCGAUCGCGGUCCACGAGUCGCGAAAAUGAGUUCGCGGCAACCCACGCGGCCUCAAUUUCGUCGUCUAGCGGAAGUUUUCACCGCGGAAUCACGAGAACUGCGUCGACGAUUGUCUCAACGUCGUCGUCGUCGUUCCCCAAGGACAUUCAGCGUUCCGAAGCUGUUGACACUGCUCUUCUCCGCCUCUACAUCAUGCACGAAUCGUUUUCUGAGAUUGCUGCCCUUCUCACGACUGUGGACAACCAAGGCGACGGCGCCCACUGCGACAUGGGGUCGUCCCAAGCUCUCUUGAUGCACCACCACUUGUACUUUGAGCUGGGUCUGCUGUACGAACGCCACGGCCGCGCGUUGGACGCCCUAGACGUGUACGCUCGAAUGGGGUCCGGCGAGUACGUGCAAAACCCGCUCGAAGACGGCACAUCUGGCGCCCAGGCGGCCGUGGAUCUGCUCCAAACACUGGACGACAUUCCUCUAGUGUUGUAUCAUUCGAAAUGGGUGCUCAAGGCCGACCCCCACGAAGCGUUGCGAAUUUUCACGCACCGUCCACGCCACUUAAAGCCGUUUGUGUCGGGCGAUGUUGUUGCCCACUUGAAAGAAUAUGCGUCGGAUCCGGCUGUCGUCCAACGAUAUCUCGAAAGCCUCGUUGAUGCGGAAGGAGGAGGGUCGGCGGGAACUACCAUGUCGGACGCGGAGAAUCCCCAUCACACGCGGUUGGCGUUGGAGUACUUGGAAGAAGUGCUCAAGGCAAUCAAGGGUGGCCGCGAACCAUCCAAGUCUCAUCCUGGCAAGGAGCCUGCGCCCCUCGGUGACGCCCGCAAGCGACUUCUCAAGUACCUGAAAGCUCCAGAGUCGGCGUACGACGCAGGUGCGUUAAUGGCCAAAGUGAAAACGGCCCCGGCCCUGCGCGAAGAAUUGCUCGUGGUGAGCGGACGCGGCGGGUUCCAUGAAGACGCGUUGGCUAUGUUGCUUGCGGAAAACGAUGUUCCGGGCGGCGAAGCGUACUGCCUCAAGUACGGCGUGUCGCGCAAGGGAGGCACCUCGAAUCGAGCACUACUCAAGUUGCUCGAGUUACUCUUCAAGGAGAAAGACGCCGACAUGGCAGAGUAUGCGCACCUGUUGAUGGCCCGUCAUGCCAAGGCCCUGAACGGCACAGCUGCCCUCAACCUCAUUCCGGCAUCAACUCCACUCGUCAAGGUGAUGGACUUUCUCAGCCAGUUGCUUCCCCACAGCGCCCAUGAGGUGCGCGAGACGACGCUGGCGCGAAACCUGUCCAACAUAUACAACCUCCAAGUCCAGUGCGAGCGCGUCGACAAGUUCUCCGAGUCGGUGGAGAUUGAUACGAAGACGACUUGUGGGGUCUGUCGCAAGCGUAUCGACACCAACAUCUUUGCCGUGUACCCGAAUGGAUCGGUCGUACACUUUGCAUGCGGCCCCAACGUGAAUAUGCACAUGGACCCAGUGUCAGGCGAGAUGUUUGGUUGAAUGCAAUCCUGAUGUUCGUGUAUGCCGUCCAUCUUUCCAAAGGCAUCUGGCG